AUGGUCGCGCACGCGCUGCCGCCAAUCGCCUACUCCUCGUGCUACCGCCUGCUGCGCCCCCCUCCUCCUGCCAGCGCGCUCGUACCCCCCCAACCGAUGCACGCCCCGCGCCCUCCAGCGCUCCAUCCCGCACGCAAGAGGCCGUCGCCGGAGCUGUUCUCCCGAGCACCUCAGCCGCCUCUGUACCUCGCCGGCGUGAGCCCCCCUGCCCGCGUCGUUCCCCUCCGGCCACGCCCGCUCCGCCUCGCUCCACCCCGCUGCUGCCCGCCGGCGCCUCGCCGCUCGCUCGCCCGCGGCCGCGUCCGCCGAUGCCCCACCCGCCGCCGCUGCCUCACGGUGCCGGUCGGGGCACCGCUCGGCCUCCGCCCCGUACGGUUCCACCACCAGCACGAGGUCGGGCCACUGCCCGAUAGCAUACGCCCGAGUGGCUCCUCUGCCACUUGCAACUGGGGCCCUCAGACCCUUUAA